CUCGCACUUGCAGCGGUGCGCGCAUCGGCUACGCCGCGGAGAGAGGGUUUCUACUGCGAAAGUUUGUUCUUUGAAGCCACUAACAGACGCGUCCUGUGAAUAUAGGACGACAAGGAUAAAUACCCGCGUUUUCCUCAAAACGUUGCAAAAUGAUGCUAAGGUUUUUGGUGUUAGCUGUGGUCUUUUGUGCAGAGUCUACACACGGGGGGUCAGAGCAUCAGGAGCCAUGUGCAGGCCGGAACUGCGGUGGAGCGUGCCAGUGUUUGCCCUUAAAGGGUAGCAGGGGGCAACCAGGGCCACUUGGACUGGUGGGAAGCAGCGGUCCUGAGGGUUUCAUUGGGGGCCCUGGGCCCACCGGCCCGAAAGGAGAAAAUGGUCAUGCUGGACGCAAAGGGCCCUCUGGACUGAAAGGAGACAAGGGCCCAAUGGGUGUUCCGGGGUUUUCUGGUAAUGAUGGUGUUCCUGGACACCCUGGGCAGGAGGGGCCCAGGGGACCACCAGGUCUGGAUGGCUGUAACGGCACGCGAGGUGACCCAGGUGACAGAGCCCGUGAUGGAUUUCCUGGUAUACCUGGAGCACCUGGACUCCCUGGUCAAAAAGGACAGAAAGGAGAACCACGUUAUGUAGAUAUACCAAUAUCCAAUAUAGGGCGCAGAGAUGGCGAUGGCCUUCCAGGUCCAGAUGGAUUUCCAGGUCCAGAUGGAUUUCCAGGUCCAAUUGGGCCCAGAGGUCCAGAUGGAUUUAUUGGUCGUCCUGGUCCACCUGGUCCUCCUGGACCUCCAGGAAGUGCAGGUCAAGGAUACAAAGGGGAACCUGGAGAAAAGGGGGAUGUUGGUCUACCGGGACUCAGGGGCAGUCCGGCCGUUCAGUUUAACGCACCAGCAAUAAGCACUAUCAACAAAGGAGAGAAGGGGGAUAAAGGCUAUGCAGGUAAUCCAGGCCUCCCCGGGAGUCCAGGACCAAUAGGUUUUACAGGUGAGACUGGUGAAAAAGGAAUCCUGGGCUUGCCAGGCUUGAGGGGUCCACCUGGUCUGAACGGACCUCCCGGGGCUCCUGGCAGAAAAGGCUUCACUGGAAGUCUGGGGUUUCUGGGCCAACCAGGCUUUCCUGGACCAAAAGGUGAAAGAGGAGAACCAGGUCCCCCUGGACCAUACUUUCCUUCAACAGAUGACAUUCCAGGUCCUCAAGGUGAUCCUGGUCUUGCUGGUUAUCCAGGGCUAAGCGGAGAUCCUGGUCCUCCAGGACUUCCUGGUCUGCCUGGUCCACCAGGAGUGUCUUCUUUUGUCACAGGUCGUCCAGGCAGUGCUGGGUUCCCAGGUAGUCGUGGACCCAAAGGCCAGAAGGGAAGCCCAGGUCGGGAUUCCUAUGGCCCUGAAGGUCUUGCCGGUAGUCCAGGCCUUCCUGGACCCCCAGGUCCACCUGGACCACCGGGCAAAACAUUAUCUAUAAAUCCAUUCUCUGUGGCAUUACCAGGACCUCCAGGUCAGAGAGGGCCACCUGGCGACAGAGGCUAUAAAGGGUUUAAAGGAGAAGAUGGCGACUGCAAUUGUUUGGGUGGAACAACGACUGGUGCACGGGGACUUCCAGGGCCUGCAGGGCCUUCGGGUUUCAUAGGACCCGGUGGUGCGAAGGGAGAAAUGGGUGACCCAGGCUUCCCAGGAUCCCGUGGACCACAGGGUCCAGAUGGCCGUGCGGGUGAGAGGGGCUUUUUUGGGCGUAAAGGAGAGAAAGGUAAUCCCUUCUUCCCCCAAGGCAGAGGACAAAAAGGUGACAUGGGUCAGCAGGGUCCUCUUGGGCCACUUGGAUCAAGCGGCAACCCUGGAAGAGAUGGAUCUCCUGGCUUCCCUGGACCACCAGGCCCACCUGGAGAUCCAGGUUUUGGGGUUACUGGAGAUAAAGGUUUUCCUGGUAUCCCAGGGUUCAAAGGUCGUCCCGGUGCUGUUGGAGAUCCUGGUAUUGGCUAUCCUGGCAUCGCUGGGUUCAAAGGGGCACAAGGUGAUCCCGGAUUCAACGGUCUUCCUGGAUCACCUGGACCUCCAGGGCCUUCAGGUGACAGCUGUUUGCAGGUGGGGCUUAAUGAUGCCUCUUUGGAAGAGGGAGGAACGCCACUGCCGUGCAGGAUUCCUGGGGAACCUGGGGAUCCAGGAUUCGGUGGUCUUCCUGGGGUGCCAGGAACACAGGGUCAGCCUGGUUCCCCAGGAGUGAGUGGACGUCCAGGUUUUGAUGGGCCAAAGGGUGAGAGAGGAGAACCAGGCACUGGAGGUCUGCCAGGACCUCAGGGUUUCUCUGGACCCAGAGGAGAUCCAGGUUUACCAGGAGUAACAAAAGCUGGCUUACAAGGGUCUCCAGGAAGAGACGGUUUGCCAGGUGUGCCUGGAGCAAAGGGAGAACCUGGUGUGGUGCUUGGGGCCACCCCUGGAGCUCCAGGUCUUCCAGGAAGACCAGGAGAGCCAGGGAACAAGGGUCAACCUGGGACACCUGGUUUACCCGGGACCCCUGGUAUUGAUGGACGCAAUGGUUUCCCUGGUGCAAAGGGUGAGCGAGGUGUGAACGGAAUACCUGGUCCCCAGGGUCCCAUUGGUCCACCGGGCGAAUUGUCUCCUGGGGGUAUCUCUGGACUCAGAGGGCCAGAUGGAGCUAAAGGAUUUCCUGGGCCUUCAGGUUUCCCUGGGUUGAAGGGUGUGAGAGGAGAUCCAGGGCCUCCUGGGUCUGGUGGGAUAAAAGGUGCCACUGGUUUUCCUGGUGUCCCAGGGACACAGGGAUUUAGGGGACUUCCUGGUCCCCCUGGUGCUGGAGCACGUCCAGGCACACCUGGACGACCAGGAAUAAAGGGGGAGAGGGGAUCUCCAGGGUUGUUAGGAUUCCCUGGAUUGCCUGGUUCUCCUGGAAUUCCAGGUAACCCAGGUGUCAAAGGUUCGCCUGGUUUAAUUGCACAGGAUGCGUUACCUGGGAGAGAUGGAGCAAAAGGACUAAAAGGGGAUCGUGGCUCUACAGGUCCACCGGGACCCUCUCCUACAGUGGUUCCAUCUAAGCUGCAGGAAAAGGGUGAACCAGGUGUCCCAGGAAGCAGUGGAUUGCCUGGUUUUCCAGGGCCAAGAGGUGAUAAGGGUUUUUCCGGGCCACCUGGUCGUCCGGGGUUACCUGGACUGCCCGGUAUUGCCGACCAAGCGAAAGGUUUUCCUGGUCAGCCUGGAAUCCCAGGCAUUCCUGGUUCCUCUGGCUUCCCCGGACCCAAAGGAUCACCUGGUGUCAUGGGAUUCCCUGGCAUGCCAGGACCAAGGGGUGAUGAUGGUGGACCUGGAUUUCAAGGAUUUUCAGGCAGUCAAGGACAGCCUGGUGCCAAAGGUGAGAAAGGUGACUCGUAUUCAGUACCUGGGCCCCCUGGACCAAAGGGUGUGGUGGGAGAUCCUGGAUUCUCAGAUGGUCCAGGACUUCGGGGUGAACGGGGUGAUCCAGGUUUCCCAGGAGUCCCGGGAUUCCAAGGCCAGAAAGGUUAUCCUGGAGAGCCAGGAGCACCAGGAUUUGGUGGCCCACCAGGUCUCCCAGGCAGUAAGGGUCUCCCUGGUUAUCCAGGACAGAAGGGACGUGAUGGAGAGCAAGGUCGUCUUGGAGCUUCAGGUCCAGCAGGAGAGAAAGGUCUACCAGGCUUACCCGGUUUAGAUGGACUCAAUGGUCUUCCAGGAUCCAAGGGCCCCCCUGGAGUUCCAGGAGUGAUUGAAGGUGGUCAGCAAGGAGCUCCUGGUAGGGAUGGUCUGAAGGGAGAGAGAGGCCCAUCACGGCCCGGAGCCCCUGGCCUGCCUGGAGAGAGAGGAUUUAAAGGAGAGAAUGGUGCCCCUGGUCGACGAGGCUUACCUGGUAAUCCAGGCCCCCCUGGCCCACCUAGUCCUUCUAAUAUCCCAGGUCUGCUCGGAGACCCCGGACUUCCGGGAUUAGAUGGACGAGAAGGUACCUUUGGCCCUCCUGGCCUCCCUGGUCCACCAGGGCCUGGAACAGUCCAAGGAGACAAAGGAGAUGCCGGAUAUCCUGGACUACCAGGUAUACCAGGAGCACGCGGAGACCCUGGUGGUUCUGGAGCACCUGGAUUUCAAGGCAACCCUGGAUUCAAAGGACAAAGAGGUGACCCUGGUUUUAGUGGUUUACCUGGGCCACCAGGUUUUCCUGGAGAAUCAGGGGGUUAUGGCAUGAAAGGAUUCAAAGGACAGAAGGGUGAUCCUGGUCCUAAGGGGCUUCCAGGUACUAUAUACCCACCUAGCAACUAUACUCAAAAUAGGCCACCUGGGAAUCCCGGCCCACCAGGUUUUGAUGGGCCUCUUGGUCAGCCAGGAACACCAGGCCAGCCAGGCAGUCCAGGAUCCCCAGGUCCCAAAGGACUCAGAGGGCCAGUGGGUAGACUUGGUCCAGUUGGUGCAGCUGGACCUCCGGGAGGUUUUGGUGAGCCUGGACCUUCAGGAGUCCAAGGACCCACAGGAACUCAAGGUACCCCUGGCCAACCGGGGUUGCCAGGUCCUCCGGGGUUACCUGCGCGCAGUAGCAGUAUUGGUUAUACUCUGGUGAAACAUAGUCAGUCCACCCUGGUGCCCAUGUGUCCUCAAGGCAUGGCGAAGUUGUGGGAUGGCUACAGUUUGAUGUAUGUGGAGGGACAGGAGAAAGCCCACAACCAGGAUUUGGGAUUGCCUGGUUCCUGCCUGCCUCAUUUCAGCACCAUCCCCUUCCUGUACUGCACAGUCAAUGAACUUUGUUACUACGCCAGCCGCAAUGACAAAUCCUAUUGGCUGUCCACCACGGCGCCCAUUCCCAUGAUGCCUGUGGCAGAUCAGCAGAUAUCUCAGUACAUUAGCCGCUGCUCGGUGUGUGAGGCCCCUUCUCAUGCAGUCGCUAUCCAUAGUCAAGACCUCACCAUACCUACCUGCCCUCAGGGCUGGCGAAGUCUGUGGAUUGGUUACUCCUUCCUUAUGCACACGGCCGCAGGUGCAGAAGGAGGUGGUCAGUCUUUGGUGUCUCCCGGUUCUUGUCUGGAGGAUUUCCGUUCCACACCCUUCAUUGAGUGCAAUGGUGCCCAUGGCACCUGCCACUACUUUGCCAACAAGUACAGUUUCUGGUUGACCACAGUAGAGCUGGACGAUCAGUUCGUUCAGGGUCCAUCCCAGGAGACCCUGAAAGGAGAGCAGUACCGGUCACGCAUCAGUCGCUGUCAAGUCUGCAUGAAGAUCCUGUAGCUUCUCUAGAUGCUCAACAGGAGAAAGUGACUUUAAUAAAACAGAAAUGAGAAGAGGCAUUUGAAGAUAAAGAAAACAAAAGAUAACUGACGGAUUUGAUUUCAUGCCCUUGACCUAAUGACUGUUGUUGUAUAUGACACCCAGCGGUGGUAAUCUGAUGUGCUAUAUUUGGAGAAUAUGGGGGUUUGAAUGAAAAGAAAUGGAGAAGAGAUUAUUUUUCUCUCUGCUUGCCUAUUAUCAACAGUGGUGCUACAGUACAUAUCUGAAAUAUGUAUGUGUUUUUGUUUAAUUGUUGUUCAUAUAUUCACAGCUACCUCGGAGAGUGCAUCUCAAACUCCCAGUGGACGACAUACAUUUUUCAAAAGCAACUUCUGAUUUAUCUGGUUGUUACUGCAUUUCAAGUACAAUUUGUAUUUGCUUCACUAGCUGAUAUUGGUGCUUUUUUCUUGUUUAUCAUUGGCAAAAUUGACAAACCAGCACUUUGGAAUGUACAUGAAUGAGUGAGAUUUUACAUCAUGGUUAUCACUUGAAAUAAUUAUGAUUUAUCUAACCCAAUAAUUAUGUGUUCUAUAUAAAUUGCACUGAAGUGAAUAUCUGAAAAAUGACUGUAUGUAAAGGUACUUUCACAAGAGCAUUUGAUUUAAGUAAAUUCACCAGUCCUAGGCCAUUCAAACAUCCAUCAAAUGGUAAUGAUGAUUAUGGUUAUCACCAUAUAUCCCUUAAUCUUUAAAAGAUACAUUUUUACAUCAGUAAUUUACUGUGUGUUUGAAUAGAAAAGUGAAACAUAUCAAAGGUUCUUUUGUUAGUGUCAGAAUGAUUCAGUUAGUGUAUUUGUAUACUCAAAGUGUUAAUGCCUUUUUUAACACAUCUAAUUCACUUUGUGCAUUAGAGGAGCUAUAUAGACUAAUUUUGAGUUGAAAAGUCUGGUUGAUUAUAUAAUCACUAUUGCCACUAAGCCUUUCAGUCUCUCACUGGUAGCCUAGAGUACAUAUUGUAUUUUUUAUCAUGUUACAUUUCUUCAUGUGUAUGUAUGUAAGUGAUUAGAUUAUAGUUCAUUUAAUUCAUCCCACUGAUACAAAGAAAAUGUACUGUACAUUAAACAAAGACAAAGAGUUGACUUGUAAAUUUAAUAAUAGGGAAAAAUUUAAGAAUAUAUCCCCAUUUCUCUUAAUUCUAAGACUAAUUUUUUUAAAUAAAAAAUAAAAAAAAUGGACAUUUUUGAAGAUUGGCUUUCAUAAAUAGACAAUUUGCAUUUAUUGUUAUUGUUUUUUACUGCUUCAUUGCCCUGAGGUGUAUAUAUUUCAGAACCUGGUCAAUUCUAUUAACUAAUAAAACAUUUUUAUAAUGAAUUCAGACAGUAAAUACUGUAUGAGAAGACCUUUUCCAAUACUUCAUAAAGUGAUGUAAGUUUUUUUAUCUGAAUGUUCACCGUGAGUAUAUCUAUGGAACCGGUCAAAUAAAACUUUCCAACUGUUAUUUCACAUUUUCACUAAUUUGAGGAUGUAUGAUAUAUGAAUUUUUAUUAGGCUGCCACCGGCCAGGGGAAAACUGAAAUCUUUCUCUGGAUCUCCAGGUCACAGCCACAACAGCAUAUUCAAAGGUGCACACAGUAAUGUUUUCCUCAUUGAUAAGGUUUUACUCUAAAAUAAACUGUCAUUUUGAAACAUAUGU